AUAUUUUUUUGAAUUGAGUGGUUGUCAAAGAACCAACGACUGGUCGAUAGUACGCAAGUGCUGUAAAACAUCGUAUUCAAACUUUAACGCAUAUUUAUUUUCUUUUUCUUUCUUUUUUUUUUUUUUUUUUUUUUUUUUUGAAUUUUAAUUCACAUUUCAUGAUGUCUACGAUAGAUACGAUUAUGUCAGACUUUUAUAAUGUUUUGUUUAAAUUACGUUAUCCUGAAAUUACUAAAGCAGAACCAAACAAUAUAAGUUCUAUUAUAUUUUCCGGUGAUAAUCGAAUUCAUUUAUUGUCAUGGUUACUUACGGAAAAAGUACCGAACAUUGCGAAUGAUUUAGAAAAACUUGAAGGUUCUGCUUUACAUGACAAACUUGCAAUGUAUUAUUCUCAGCUUGGAAUUUGUAUUAACAAAGAUAUAUUAUUGGGUAAUUGUACAUUAGAGGAACAACUUUCUACUCUAACUCUAUUAUUACAAUUUGUUAAAAAUGUUUAUGCAGAUUCAAUUGAUGUUCCAACCAAUGAGGAAGAAUCAAUUGCAAAUUUAUUGAAAAUACAUUUUACUGAAGAUACAAAUAAUCCAAGUAAUACAUCUAUAAAACAGAGUUAUUCAGAAGCUGUAAAAUAUUUUGAAGAUUUACAAAAAUUAGAUGAUUCUAAUGAGUCAAAUAAUAUUUCUACAAUAAAAAACUCAUCUGUAGAUAGUGAAAACAAUGUAGAACAAAAUAAUAUUAAGCAACAAAAGAAUUUUAUUGUACAAAUUGAAAAAUUCAUGGAUACCUAUAAUAUGAUUUCUUCUUGGCCUGUAUCGCAUACAAGAAAUGAAAAUACUAUAGAAAACAAUAUGGAUUCAAAUAUCAAAAGUAUACAUUCUAACUUUAUGAUUUUUAAACAGAUGUUACAUAUGAAAGAUGAAAUAUCCAAACUUAAGUUACCAAGUGCAUCACAAAAAAUCAAUUAUAAUAGAUCAUUGAAUUCACUUGUAGAGGACAUUAUGAUCUCCACAGAUGAAACUAUUGAUACAUUAUGAUGUUUAUAUAUAAUGCGUUUAUUGUUUACUCUUUGUAUGCCCAUCGGGACAUGAACUAUUAAUUUAUUUAUGAUUCGUCAACAAAGAGUAAAUCAUAGUAUGUAAUUUUAUUGUUUACUUCCAUAUAUUGAAUAAAUACAAAACUGAUGAUGAAUAAAAUAAAGGCAAUGAUAACAAAACAAUUCUUUUAUCUUUUAGACUUGUAUAAUUAAAUUAAUUCCAUUUUAUAUUGUAAAUUACAAAUUUUUAAAAGUUUGUAACCAAGAAUUUAUGAUCUGGGACGUUCCUUCUUUUCUUUGUAAAGAGCAAGUAGAGAAACAUUUGCAACUUUUACUACUUUAAAACGAACACCAGGAAUGUCACCAACAGCAUGACCUUUACGUCCAAAUCCAGCUACUAGAACUUCGUCAUUUUCUUCAAUGUUGUUCAGACAGCCGUCUCUAGGUACAAAAGCUGUGAUCUUCUUGCCAUUUUUAAUAAGCUGCACUCUUACGCACUUGCGAAUAGCAGAGUUGGGUUGUUUGGCUUCGACUCCACUGUACAAAUU